AGGAAGGAAAGGUUUAUCGGAGCACCCCCAGCCGAUGGUGGCCGGGAAACAUCUUGCCAGGGCUCUGGGUGCUGAGGGCAAGGAACACCGGGCUGAUCAAUGGGUCUACAUCGGCUACUGCUCUAGCUUCAGGCCAGGUCACCGGAAAUGUCUCAAAGAACGAGAAGGCGGGAGGACAGGAAGGCUAUGCUCAGGCUUUGUAGUCUUUAAAUCCGUUUAGAGCCCAUCUCUCUUUUAAGAGCGAGAAGUGAGUUUAACGAAGCUUCCCUCAUCGGUCUGGGGGAAAGCCUUGCAGGGAGCCCCGCAAAAAAGUGUUGCCAAGAUACUGAAGCCAGGACUGCUGCGCUCCCUUUUUCUCCCCACUAUAGCCAACGGAACGACUUGAUAUUCUCGCCGGAAGGGUGGCUAAGGCCUCAGCCCCUUCACUGGAGGAAGAUGCUACAGCCACCCGCCUGCUCUCCCUGAACCUCCAGGCUUCUGCCUCGCCGCCCCAUGGAGGACGUGCCUACCUCCCUCAGCUGCUCUGACUGUCAGCGCCACUUUCCUAGCCUCCCAGAACUGGCCCGCCACCGAGAACUGCUCCAUCCAUCUCCCACCGCGGAGCCUGAGGAGGCUGACCACAUCCCUCGGCCCUAUCGCUGUCAGCAGUGUGGACGGGGCUACCGCCACGCAGGGAGCCUGGUUAACCACCGCCGGACCCACGAGACUGGCCUUUACCCCUGCAUCACCUGUGGCAAGGACUGCACCAAUCCCGUGGCCCUCAAAAGCCAUAUGAGGACUCAUACUCCUGAGGGUCGCCGCAGGCGCAGACCUCCCCGCCCCAAGGAUGCUCUCCCGUGUUUCCCAGGCGAGAUGGUGUCUGAUGACUCUUGGAGCCAAAGGCUGGAACCUGAGGAAAGCUGGGAAAAGCAGGCAAAACAGACCGAAGAGACACCAGGCUGUGAGUCAGGGCCUGAGCCCAGGGCUCUUCCAGGCCCCUGGGAGGAUCCUUCCACCCAACACAGGGAAGGCUGGGGAAGCCAGCCUGCUCCGGAUGAGGGUGCAAAGCAUUGGGGAGCCCCCACCAACUCUGCCAGAGCCCCGCCGCUCCCCACCCCAGCCAGCAGCCUCCUCAGCAAUUUGGAACAGUACUUGGCUGAGUCAGUGGUGAACUUCACAGGGGGCCAGGAGCCCACCCAGGCCCCUCCUGCCGAGGAGGAACGGCGCUACAAGUGCAGCCAGUGUGACAAGACCUAUAAGCACGCCGGAAGCCUCACCAACCACCGCCAGAGCCACACCCUCGGCAUCUACCCAUGUGCCAUCUGCUUCAAGGAGUUCUCCAACCUCAUGGCGCUGAAGAACCACUCCCGGCUCCAUGCCCAGUACCGGCCUUACCGCUGUCCCCACUGCCCGCGGGCCUUCCGGCUCCCCCUGGAGCUGCUGGAACACCAGCAUUCGCAUGAGGAUGAAAAGCCAGAGCGGCCGUGGGAAGAGAAGGGGGCGCCCACGACCAAUGGGCACGUUGGCGAGAGCGGCCGGGACCAGAUCCCCACGGCCCAGAUUCUGAGCAGCAUCUCCGCACAGGAGCGCUUUGCCUCGGGGGAGCUAGAGGACGGUGGCCUGGAGGAAUACCGGCCUUUCCGCUGCGGGGAGUGUGGCCGCACUUACCGCCACGCGGGGAGCCUCAUCAACCAUCGCAAGAGCCACCAGACGGGCGUCUACCCGUGUUCCGUCUGCUCCAAGCAACUGUUCAACGCGGCGGCCCUGAAAAACCACGUGCGGGCGCAUCACAGGCCCCGGCCAGGGCCCGGAGAGGGGCGGCGCCCGUCAGCUCUGUUGCCCGGCUCCGGCCUCACGCCCAAGAAGGAAGAAGACACCAGCCCCCUGGACGACCGCCCUUAUAAGUGCCACGAGUGUGGGCGAGCCUACCGUCACCGGGGGAGCCUGGUGAACCACCGCCAUACCCACAGAACGGGAGAGUACCAGUGCUCGCUCUGUCCCCGCAAGUACUCCAACCUCAUGGCCCUACGGAACCACGUGCGGGUGCACUGCAAGACUGCCCGCCGCAGUGGGGGCCCGGGGCCCGGGGCUCCCCCCAGCCACCUCAAGAUGGAGGCGGAGGCAGCCCCUCCCGCGCAGCAGGAGCCCUGGUGCAAGCGGGAGGCAGCGGCCCCUGCUGCCCACCCCCCAGCCGCGCCCGGGCCGGCCCCACAGAUCUGCACUGUCUGUGGGCUGCUCUUUGAUGACCCCCAGAGCCUGGCGCUUCACGGCCGGACCCACGCAGCUGUGGAAAGGGAAAGCAACCGGACGGAGACCCAGGUUUCCCCUCCCCGGACCUUUGCUUGCCAGGACUGUGGGAAGAGCUAUCGUCACUCAGGCAGCCUGAUCAACCACAGGCAGACCCACCAGACGGGGGACUUCAGCUGUGGGGCGUGCGCCAAGCACUUCCACACCAUGGCCGCCAUGAAGAACCACCUGCGGCUGCACAGUCGGCGCCAGAGCAGGAGGCCCCAGAGGCGGGCUGGCAGCGCCGGCGGGGGUGGCGGCGCCAAGCUCCCAUCAGCCUCUGCGGAGGAGGAAGAGGAGGAGGAGGAGGAGGAGGAAGAAGACUGGGCUCAGGAGAUAGUGGAAGGCAGCCCGCAUCCCCAUUUUCCCCAGGGCCUGUCAAGAGAAAGCCCCAGUGGGGCGGAAGGCAGCCUGGAGAGUGACGGCGACUGUGUGCCCGCUGAAUCCGAGGGCGACAGGUGCGGGCAGGAGAGGCAAGCGGCCUGCUUCCAGGGUCAGAGAGAGGGCCGAGGCACCGAGGGGCUGGAGAGACGGGGGCGCUGCUUUGUGGACCACGUGGCCAUCCCAGAAGCUGAGGGCGGUCGUGGGUCCCUCUUCUGCGGCAGCCUCCCAGGGGCAGAAGACCAGAAACCAGCCACUGACCUCCCUAGCCCCUCGCCCCACGCUGCAGAAGCUGCCCCUGGCUGGCAGGCCGAGGCUUCCCUCACAUGCUCCGACUGCGGCCAUUCUUUCCCUCAUGCCACUGGCUUGCUGAGCCACCGGCCCUGCCACCCGCCGGGCAUCUACCAGUGCUCCCUCUGCCCGAAGGAGUUCGACUCUCUGCCUGCCCUGCGCAGCCACUUCCGGAACCACGGGCCCGGGGAGGCGAGCCCCGCCCAGCCUUUCCUCUGCUGCCUCUGCGGCAUGAUCUUCCCGGGGCGGGCAGGCUACCGGCUGCACCGGCGCCAGGCCCACAGCUGCUCGGGCACGAUGGAGGGCGAGGAGGAGGAAGAGGACGGGGAGGAAGGAGCCGCGGAGGCGGCCUCCGCCCGAAGCCCUCCGCUCCAGCUCUCGGAGGCCGAGCUGCUAAACCAGCUGCAGCGGGAGGUGGAGGCCCUGGACGGCGCCGGGUACGGCCACAUCUGUGGCUGCUGCGGUCAGACCUAUGAUGACCUGGGGAGCCUGCAGCGCCACCACCAGAGUCUGGGUGGCGGCUUUGGGAACGCCAUAGACAAGGCGCCCAGCCCCUCGGGAGAGUCAGGUAAUGGCACAGAGAUGGUCACGGAUGGUGGCUGUGAGGGCACGGUGACCGCAGCCUCUGGGGAGGGUGCAGACGCGAAGGCUGGAGCGGGAGGAGGUGCCGCCGCAGACCGCCUUGGCGAGCCGGGUGGCGAGCCGGGCCCGGCGGCGCAGCCCCGGCCCUUCCGCUGCGCCCAGUGCGGGAAGACGUACCGCCACGGCGGCAGCCUGGUGAACCACCGCAAGGUCCACCAGACGGGCCUCUUCACCUGCCCGGUCUGCGCCCGCUGCUACCCCAACCUGGGUGCCUACCGGAACCACCGGCGGAACCACCCCCGCUGCAAAGGCUCCCAGCCCCAGGUGGGGCCCCUCCCGGAGGCGGCUGGCAGCUGCGAGCCCCCGCAGCCCGCGGAGCAGGGGCCGGGGCAGGCCGAGGUGGUGAAGCCCCUGAAAGAGGAGCCCCCCGAGGAAGUGGCAAAGGUCCAGGAGGAGGCCUGGGAGGAGACCAUUGUCAAGGAGGAGGAAGAGGAGGGGGCGGGGCCCUGGCUGGAGACCCCGGAGCAGGGCGGCCCUGCUGAAGGCAGCGCCGAGCAGCGGCCCUUCAGCUGCGACGUGUGUGGCCGCUCCUACAAGCACGUGGGCAGCCUCAUCAAUCACCGGCAGAGCCACCAGACUGGCAACUUCGGCUGCCAGGCCUGCUCCAAGGGCUUCUCCAACCUCAUGUCCCUCAAGAACCAUCGGCGCAUCCACACGGAUCCCCGGCGCUUCCGCUGCGGAGCUCCAGCGGCGCCAGCGGCAGGCAGAGGGGACUCGGCAUUUCCCCCUCCACCUACCCCGACUCCACUCCUGGACCCUUCACCCCAGUGGCCUGCAGACCUCAGCUUCACCCUCUGAACUCCCAGUCUCCAAAGAGCAGACUAGGGGGUGGGGUGGGGGGGCGAGCUCCGUGUUUCUCAGGAGGAGUUUGGGUCUACAGACUGCUUACCUCCCCUCCCUAUGCGAUGUGGACCCAGCUCACCUCUGGCUGCUUUUCCAAGGAAAGGUGGGGUGGGGGGCGGGGGGGAUAUCUCUUGGGUCCCUGCCCUUGAAGGGCCUUUCCCUAACUCCAGCCCGUUACCAUGCUCAGCCCUGCAAGAAGCCUGGCACCCUGCUCUGCCUAGGACCUGGGCCGGCACCUCCAGCCAGAUUCCAUCCCCAGGGAGGGCCAGGGGCUUCGGGGAGCCGUUGCCCAUAGAAGGGGAGCCUUUUGCUAGAAUUUGUAACUUAUUUUCUAAAGUCUAUUUUGUAACACUUUAUUUAAGUUUAAGAAAAGGAGAAUUGCUCCCCCCUACACACCCACCCCAGUGGAAAAAAAAACAAACGGGAAAAAAAAGCCCCGAAAUUUUCAAAACA